AUGCUUCCCUCCUCUCCCCCCUCUUUGUCCCUUUAUUUUGAUUUCUUCUCAGAGGAAAGCAUUGUAUUUGUGUUUCAAAAGGUGUUAACAGAGACUGAUGUGAACACGCAUUUCAGUAUGCUGCUGGUGCCAUUUAAGCAGAUCAAGAAUGGAUUUCUGACUGAUGAAGAGCAGGCUCGUUUUCAUGAUCGUAGUCAGAAGUUUGAAAUUAAUGCCAUUUUUGUUGAUCCAUCCCUUGAUGAAGGCAGAAUGAACCCGAGGCAAUGGGAGAUGGGUAAAAAAGAUGGUAAAAUAAGUUACAACUUUGCAUUGAUCACUAACUGGACCAAGGUUGUGGUGAAGAAUGGACUUAGACAAGGAAUGACAGUGCACUUGUGGGCAUUUAGGAGGGAUUUACAGCUUGGAUUUGCUUUAGUUUUAGUGUGA